AUGGGAGUUCCAACUUUCUAUAGAUGGUUGAUUACUAGGUAUCCAAAAAUUGUUAAAUCUGUUUAUGAAUCAAGAGAUAGCGAUGUAUAUUUAAGAAGAACGAAAAUAGAGGAGAACGGUGAAUUUUUUAAAGUUCACGAUUUGGGAGAUUAUGUUAAUAAUACAGAUGAAUCACAUUGUUCAGAUAAUAUUAAUGGAUAUUACGAUAAUUUAUAUUUGGAUAUGAAUGGUAUUAUUCAUUUAUGCUCCCACAAUAACAAUAAUAAAAGUGCAAAAAGUAAUGAAGAAAUAUUUCUUAAUGUGUUUCUAUAUGUGGAAAGACUGUUUGAUAUUAUUGAACCAAAAAAUCUUUUAUAUAUGGCAAUUGAUGGUGUUGCUCCCAAAGCAAAAAUGAAUCAGCAAAGAAGCAGGAGAUUCAAAUCAAUUUUAUGUUCAGAAAUUGAAAGAAAAGCAUAUAUAGAAUUAAAAGAAAAAUUUAUCGCAGAAAAUAGAAUGGUUCCAGAAGAGUCUUCUUAUUGGGAUAGUAACGUAAUAACCCCAGGGACUCAAUUUAUGCAUGAAUUGUCUAUUGCAUUAAAGUAUUUCAUUGAGCAUAAAAUUACAAAUGAUGAAAAAUGGAAAAAAAUUGCUGUAAUAUUUUCUGAUUCUAAUGUUUGUGGGGAAGGAGAACAUAAAAUUUUUAAUUUUAUUAAAUCUCAAAGAGCACAAAAAGGAUAUGAUCCUAACACUAGACAUGUUAUACAUGGAAUGGAUGCUGAUUUGAUUAUGCUUUCAUUAGCUAGUCACGAGCCAUACUUUUACAUUUUGAGAGAAAUUAUUGAUUUGGACCCAAAAGGUGAAGAAAAAGAAAAAAAGAAGGAAUAUGUAGGAAUGAUAAAAAAUAAAGAAGAUGCAUAUUUUUGUAGUAAAAUUAUAAAUCCUAUAAAAAAUACACAUAAUAAAUAUAACGAUCCUAACUAUGCCAAUGUAAAUUUAGGUAAUACCGCUUCACUUAAUUAUCAAAAUUGGAAUGAGUUACAAAUAUUAGAUUUAACUAUACUAAGAGAAUAUUUAUCGAAAGAUUUAUUUUUUGAUUCUUCAUUUAAUAUGGAAAGAUGUAUUGAUGAUUUUAUAUUCAUUUGUUUUUUUUGUGGAAAUGAUUUUCUUCCACAUUUGCCAUCAAUAUCUAUAGCAGGAGGAAGCAUUGAUCAACUAAUUUUAUUAUAUCAAAAAGUUCUUCCCACAUUAGGAGACUAUUUAAUUAAUGAAGGUACUUUAAAUUUAAAAUCAUUUUUUAAAUAUGUAUCUUUUAUUGCUGAAGUUGAAAGAGAAACAUUUAUUUCUCAGUAUGACUUCAAAAAAAAAAGAGAAAAAAGGGAAUUACAAAAAGAUUCAUUAAAAAGAGCAAAAUGUAUUGAAGAAGAACAAAAUAGGAAUUCUAUAAGCAGUAGGACAAAUAUUAACUCCGAUGAAAAUAAUUGUAUCAACACAAAUAAUAUUUCUAGUUAUACCAAGGAACAUAAUUUAGAACAAAAUUCUUUAGAACAACCCUCAACAGAAAAAACUAUUUCGAAAAAAAUGCUAUAUGAAUCAAAAAUUCAAAGCAUGCAGCCAAUAAGAAAUAUUAGAUACAAAGAUAAAAAAGGGGAAAAGAGUAUAAAUUUUCUUGUUCGACCUGCAUCCAAUUUUUCUGAACAGAUAGUAAAUGAACAAACUAUAAAUUGCAGUAUAAAUGAUACAAAAGAAAACAUUGAUUCAGGAAAUAAAAUAGAUGGAAAUAAUAAUAGCAAUGAUAUUUAUUUUAAAAGUGAUAAGAUAGAAAACAAUAAUGAAUAUAAUGCUAAAAUGAAAACUGUCUCCAAUCCUAAUGAAAAUAAAAUAUGUAACAUGGACUAUAAUGAAAAUAAAAAAUUAGAUGAUAUUAAUGAAUUUAAUUUAUUAUUAAAAGAAGCUAUAAAAAAGGCUAAUGAAACCGAAAAUCCAAAAGAUGAUGUGGAAUUAGGUUGUGAUGAAAACCCUGAAGUUAUAAGAAUAAAAUAUUAUAAGUCUAAAUUUCAUUUAGAUGAAACUGAUUAUAUAGAUGAAUUUGUUAAAAAUGUUGUUUAUAAAUAUAUUGAAGGAUUAGCUUGGGUAUUAGCUUAUUAUUUUCAAUCAUGUCCUAUGUGGCAUUGGUAUUAUCCAUAUUAUUACGCUCCCCUAUCAUCCGAUUUAAUUAUUGACGAUAUAAGUUUUAAUUUUGAAAAAGACGAACCUCUAUUACCUUUCGAACAAUUACUUUGUGUUUUACCAUCAAAUUCUAGCCAUUGCCUACCAAAAAUUUACAGGCAUUUGAUGCUUCAUCACGAAUCACCUAUUAUUGAUUUUUAUCCAAAAACUUUUAAAGAAGAAGAAAAUGGGAAAAAGUAUAAAUAUCAAUGGGUUAUUUUGCUUCCAUUUGUUGAUAAAGAUAGAAUAAUUAAACAUGCUAGGCCACUUCAUGAUUUAUUAACAGACGAAGAAAAAAAAAGGAAUAGAAGAGGAUUAAAUAAAAUAUAUAUGGAUUCCACACACCCUUUAUCCAAGCAAAUUACAAAAUCAAUAAAAAAAUAUUUAAAAGAAGUAAAAGAAAAAGGGAAACUAGAGGGGGAAAAAGUAAAGGAUUUGGAGAACAAUAUUAAAAAGAGUAAUGAGGAAGUAGAUAAAAAACAAAAAAAAAAAAUACAAAAUAGUACAUACGACGAUUUUUUUAAAAAUAUGAAUAUAGUAGUUCCAAUAAAUACUAAGAAAGAUGUUAAUUUAUUUGGUUAUUUGAACUGCAAACAUGAAGAUAGCGAUGUAAAUAUUCUUAAAGAGAUAUUUAGAUUUUCCUCAAAUUUUUCUACAACCUGUAAUAGUGCUUUCUAUAUACAACCAGAAUUUAAAAAACACACAUCUUCACUUUUACCGAAUCAUAUUAAUCCAAAAAAGGUUUUAAAUGUACUUGACAUAAAUAAUGAAGAAAGGAAACUUAGAUUUAAUGCACCAGCUGCUAAAAGAAUGAUUUUAAAUAGUUUAAGUGCUAAUCAUCCCCAAAUAUAUUCCUUUUCAAAAAUGAAUAAUUCCAAAAGUACAGUUAUAAACUACAAGUAUUAUAAUUCAAAUAAUUAUUUAAACGAGAAUAUGGCAAACAAUACUCAUAAUUAUAAUAAGAAUAAGGAACAUAUGUAUAAUCAUCAUAAUAUAAAUUCUACUCCAUAUAUGAACACUCAAAAAAACUAUUCUUAUCAUAAUCAAAAUUAUCAAAAUUUAAAUUAUAACGAGAAUUUUCCGGCAUGUUCUUAUAAAAAUUCAAACACAUACAAACUACCAAAAAACAGUUAUAAUUAUAUGCAUGAUAAUAAAAAAGAUAAUAAUUAUCACAAUUAUAUGAAUCAAAAAAAUUCAUAUUAUAAAGACAGUGGUGCAAACUAUGAAUCUUCAUAUAAAAUUUCAUACAAUGCUCAUAACAAUAAUUAUAUAAAGAAUAAAAAUGAAAAAUCUUUUUCAAAUAACUAUCAUAACCCAAGUAUAAAUUAUCAUAAUAAUAAUAAUAAUGAAAAUUAUAAUGAGAGAAAUAAUUUUAGAAGUGAUUCCUUUAAAAACAUGAAAAAUUCAAUUGGGAUGAAUAAGAGAACAACAUAUGAUAGCAGAUCAGUACCGUAUAAAAAUAAAGAAUACUAA